AUGGAUCUAGAUUGUACAACCAGUUCAUCAGUUUCCGACUCACAGUCAAAUGAACAUACUGUCGAAUCAAGUCCAACAGUAUUAGGCUAUGAAAAUACUAUAAGAUCACCAACAAGAGUCGAACAUUACUCCGAUCUAUAUGAUAACAGAUCAAAUAAAAUUGCCACAGAAGACCCUAGAAAUAAUUUGGAGUCGUCAGUAAAUGAAAGUGGCUACAGUUCCUAUUGCAACUAUAGUUACGUAUCAACUGAAGAUGUACUUACUAAACCUGAAGAAAGUGAAAAUCAGUUUUGCAUCGAUGCAUGUCAUUCGAUUUAUACGGCUCCAUAUGUGCCAGAGAACUUAACUAACAACACUUGUCGUCAUGUAGAAUUUACAAGUGACAAUAACGAGACAGUAAGCGCAGUAGCAUCCAUAGUUAAUCAUGGUGUGAAUUCUUGCAGUUACAUCCCUGUUUCUAAUAUGAUAACUACUGUUAUCAAUCACAAUUAUACACCAACAGUUGCAAGUGAAUUCACCAAAAAUUUUAACUACCAGUGUGACACAAUAUCAACCCCAGAUGCAACAAAGAAAAAUGAUGAUCAAAUAAACUUCAAAAGUGAUCCUGAUACCUUUUGGAUUAGUCAGCGUGGUGACCUUCAAAAGUCAGUUAGCAGAAGAACUGAUUAUCUAUCAAGUGAUAAACAAAAUGUAUUAGACGAUUACAUGGAAAGUGGGAACAUUCCUACUUCUACAGACCAACAAUGUUUGCAGCCACAGGUGUGUUUAAACAAUUAUCACGUUAAAGAGGACGAAUCUAAGCCGUCGUAUAAUUCAAGUUAUCCUGAAUACGCAUGCAACAUAAUGAAUACACGUUCUCAACAUUACACGACAAAGGAUUUUAAUUAUGCCAGUUCUCAGAAUUCUGUGAUAGACUGUAUCUCAUCAUACCAAGAUAGUUCUCAGUCUUCUGAGAGCGUCAGUUCUUAUGUUAAAGGGCCAUCCUUUUAUUCUCAAACUCAAAACAUCUAUUGGCCUUGGAUUGACAGAUUUUACGCCGAAAAUUGUGCUUCGAAAUUAGGUUCAGUUUAUAAUUCAGAUAUUACAUCUAAGGGACUAAUUAACUACACAAAUUCAUUCUCUUGUAAUCCAAGCUUUGGACAUCCCUACAAUUCACAAUCUUUAUUCGUCAGUGGUUCUAAUCUCUCAUACAUUAGUGAAAAGCCAAAUGAACAGUCUCAGUCUUCGAAACUUUCAGCAGUAAAUUUAUGUGCAGGAGAAACUGUGUCUGCGUUUCAUUCCAUUGCUCAAAUGUCGAGUGAUUACUCCGGGACAUCUGUGGUUGCCGGUAAUGUACCAAAUAUAAUUUUGAUGAACUCACAAAGCAGUGAUGAUUUUUCAGCUCAGUCUGCCGAUAGUCGUAAAGAAUCUCAAGAAGAUGAGAAUAGCUUUAAUCAUGGUGAAAACUCUUGGCAACCAGUACUGAGUUCUGUUCAAUGUUCGUCACGCAAAAGAUUGACAGAUAAACAGAGAAAAACUGUAUGUGUUUCGAUUCUCAACGAAAAUCGUACUGAAAACUCAAAUAUUCCUCAAGAUGAAACUACCCACAAUUCCUCGACGUCCUUUGAUAUUUCAAGCCUUCACCGAGAAAAUGAAAUUAGUUUAGACCAAUCAAUCUCUGGAAAUAGCUAUGCAUGGGCGUCAAAAAGUGAUAAACUGAAAUUGACUUCCCGUUUAAGAUCAAAAAGAUAUUCCGACGCAAUCAAUUUAACACGAAAUAGACCAUUAAAUCAAACUGCAUUGAGUGUGAUGGAAAGUUGGUAUACAAAUCAUGUAGAUAACCCAUAUCCUACAACUGCGGAGAAAGAAGAAUUAGCUGCACUUGGUGGAAUAACAGUCAUUCAAGUGAGCUCUUGGUUUGCCAAUCGCCGAACACGAACAGCAAACACCAAACCGAAGAAAAAUCGAAGAAAGUUGUAUCAUCAAAUUUAUCAACUAGCCGUUGAAAUUGAAGCAUUGACACAGGGAGCACUUCGAGCUUGUGAUUUACAAGAACGAAUCGGACAAAUUAUUGAUGAGUAUUUAACUUGA